AUGGAUACAUUAGAAGAACCUGAAAGUUCUCCGCAUAGAGCACGCGUUUUUGUAACGUCGACUAAAGAGUUUGAAAGGUAUCCCAGCAAGGCAAUCGUCCCUGUCCAGUUCGUGGCACUCUUAACCUCCAUACAUUUGACUGAAACAAAAUGUUUGCUAAGCUUUUCUAAUUUCAUGGGCGGGGAAGAUCCAGUGGAGAACCGCUAUAUAAUUAAACUGAAGUUCAAAGAUAGAAGUUCAGAAAGGCUGGCACGGAUGACGAUAUCCUUACUUUGUCAAUAUUUUGAUAUCGAAUUUCCAGAUUUGGAUUCACGCUCAGCAUUGGUACUGGAAGACAUUCACCUAGAAAGACUAUGCUUUUCAAGUUGCAAAGCCCUAUAUGUGUCAAAACACGGGAACUACACGCUAUUUUUAGAAGAUAUCAAACCGCUGGAUAGAAUGAGUGUAAUAAACAUUAUAUCCACGGACUCUAAACUUAGCGGAAGCAAUGGCUCACUAUCGGGACCUAGUCUGAAACCGCAUUUGAAGGAAUCGCUCACAGAUAUUUUCAACAAUUUAAUCAAAAUAAAUAAGGAUGAGAAAAACUGCUUCAAGUUUGUGAAGUUGAUCGACUAUGACAUGGAAUUGAAAAAAUUCAUUCAAGAGCGACAAGAACUUUUAUUGCAGGAAUCGAAGCCCAAACCAGUUGAUCCCUUUUUUGUUCCGAACAGAAUGGGCGUGCCUUACCUCGAAUCGCAGAAUGAGUUUAACUCCCAGCUUAUGACGCUCAACGCAGCUGAAUCAAUUGCAAACACAGCUAGCAGAAGAGAAGACCUCAAUGACACCGCGGACCCCAUUGAGGACUCCGAUGCCUCAACAGCCUCUUCCACUAGUCCGUUUUUGAGCUCAAGAUCGUAUAUCCAGACGCAGACACCCGAAAGGAAGGCGAGAGUGCCAGACAAUUGGGUCGAUCGUGAUUUCGAGGGGAAAAAGAAAAGGAAGCUUUCCUUCACGACCGGUGGCACACCUGUUGAUUAUGAGCGGCUUUCGUUAGCCGGUGUGGGCACGGUUGAAAGAUUUCAGGGCAAGUUUGUCGGGAUGUACCCGCCUGAGUUCAGCAGUAUAAGUGAGUUCAAACGCUGCACGCUGAAACUAUAUUUUACAUCAUUUUUACCAUCCUCCAAGACCCCUGAUAGCGUGCUGAUACCGGGCACCAACUGCAUCGAGAUCAUCAUCCCCACAACAGAACGGAUCCGUGAGCUGUUCGGCACCUUAAACUGUCAAAGCAGCAAGAUAUCGAAUAUUCUGCUAUUGAACAAGCCGCAUCCCAUUUCCGUGGAGAUUGAAAAGAUUAUGUGGGAAAAUGACGAGACCAUUAGACCCGGGUUGGCCGUUUGGAACUUGAAAAACAUCAAUACGGACACGCAGGUGAAGGCACCUGCGCCAUUAUCGCCACUGGUCAACCCGCUUCGCACGAAGAUACGUGAACUGGCAAACAAAGACCCCACCAUCGAGUUUCGUGAGCUGCAGCUAAACACCUUCGAAGCAAAAUACGUGACGAUGUUUGGCAUGCUGGUGUCCUGCUCGUUUGACAAACCGGCGUUCAUUUCCUUUGUCUUCACCGACUUUACCAAAAAUGACAUCGUCCAAAACUACCUCUACGACAGAUACCUAGUGGAUUACGAGGCCAAGUUGGAGCUCAAUGAAGGCUUCAAGGCUAUCAUGUACAAGAACCAAUUCGAGGGCUUCGAUUCGGGCAUCGAGAAAAUAUUCGCUAAGCGGCUAAGCAGCUUGCGGAACGGCCGCGACGAAAACGUUUCGCAAUACGGGAUAGUGUGCAAGAUGAACGUAAAAGUGAAAAUCUACAAUGGCAAACUGAAUGCCAUCCUGCGUGACUGCGUGCCGGUCCCACGCUCCCAGGCAGACAGAAUCGCUUCACCGUCGCAAUGCGAGCAUUUGGCCUCGUUUUACCAGCGGGCGUUCGAUAGAAUUGGCGAAUCGGCAAUUUCACGCUACUUCGAAGACUACAGAACGUUUUUCCCCAUUCAGAGAAACGACUCUCACCUCGCGGGAUUAAAGCCCGCUGUAGCAAACCACAGACAAGAACGCGAGCCAGCAGAGCUACAGACCGCGCCAGCCCUCAACGAAUACAUACCAGAUCUCAACGCAGACGUGUCGUCCUUCGACGUCGAGUUCACUGACGUGUUCCAACUCCUAAACUCCCUGGCCCACCGCCGCACAAGGCCCCAACAGACGCGCAAGAGCAACACGUUAUACAGUUGUGAGGGCCGCAUCAUCGCCAUAGAAUACCACCCCUCGGACAUCUGUUUCCACAUCACAGAUGGCCGGGACCCUCACCGAGCCUUGCAAUUACACAUCACUUCCUCCAAGAACUUUGCAUACUUUUUCAACGGCUCAAACACCUACUUGCAGGGUCACCACCUUGAAAAAACACACAACCAACUGGCACGAUUUCUCGGCCAUCCAUUCAAGUUCAACAUAACCUCCUCGUUCAAGUCGCUCCCUGGUACUGCCAUGGCACUGCAGAUCUGGUAUCCGAUCGAAUGCACGUUUCGGGAAUUGCAGCAGCAACUGGCCCACCUGAUGGCGGCCGCGACUUCCAAUUCAGGGAGUCUUGUUUACGGGAUUACCGCUACCGCUAAUCCUCCGCAACUUCUUGCCGCACUAGAUGGCGUCACCGUCAAAAGAGAGGAGGACAAUGACGAUGACGCCGAGGCAGUUCCCGCCUCGUGA